AUGUCGUUGCUGCUUCUGCUACUACUAGCACCAUUGUUUGUAUUGAGAGGAGGUGAUGGAGAAUCAUUUAGAGGAGGUGAUGGAGAGUCGGAGGAUGAAACCAAUUCUUCGUUCAGAGGUGGUGGUGAUGGAGAAUCGUUGAGAGGAGGUGAUGGAGAGUUGGAGGAUGAAAUCGAUUCUUUGUUCGGAGGUAGUGGUGAUGGAGAAUCAUUCAUCGGAGGUGGUGAUGAUGGAGAAUCGUUCAUCAGAGGUGCUGGUGAUGAAAAAUCGUUCAUCGGAGGUAGUGGUGAUGGAGAAUCGAUCAUCAGAGGUGGUGGUGAUGAAGAAUCAUUCAUCAGAGGUAGUGGUGAUGGAGAAUCGAUCAUCGGAGGUGGAGGUGGAGGUGGAGGUGGUGGUGAUGGAGAAUCGAUCAUCGGAGGUGGAGGUGGAGGUGGUGGUGAUGGAGAAUCGAUCAUCGGAGGUGGAGGUGGAGGUGGUGGUGAUGGAGAAUCGUGUGGUCCGAGUCUGAAAAAACUGUGUCUGAAAAAAGCGGAGGCCAAAACGAUGAUAAUGGCUAUAAUUCUUCUUUCCAUUUUGAAUAAUGUUAUCCUAAUUUUGAAACAUGGUGUAUAUAUAGGCGAGAUCGAGAGGGAGGGAAAAGAAGAAAAUGCAAAUACAGUGAAGUGA